UGACGGUUGGUUAAACUGUAUCGAACUGUAUGAACGGUAUGAAGAACACGAAGAAGAAGCCUAGCUAUGAAUCUGGAACUUUUGGAAUCGUUUGGGCAAAACUAUCCUGAGGAAUUUGAUGGUGCUUUGGAUUGUAUUUCAUUAGCUGUAACUUGUUCAUUCAACAAACGAGGCACAUUGUUAGCAGUCGGAUGCAAUGAUGGUCGUAUUGUUAUCUGGGAUUUCCUUACAAGAGGAAUAGCAAAAAUUAUCAGUGCUCAUGUGCAUCCUGUUUGCUCAUUGAGCUGGUCUCGAAAUGGACACAAACUUGUGAGUGCAUCAACUGACAACAAUGUAUGUAUCUGGGACAUCCUGUCAGGAGAAUGUGAGCAGAAGUACCGAUUUCCCUCACCAAUCUUGAAGGUUCAGUUCCACCCACGUAAUGAUAAAAUAUUUCUAGUGUGUCCGAUGCGUCAUGCAGCUGUUUUGGUAGAUACUGAUGGAGACCACCAGAUUGUACCACUUGAUGAUGAUCAAUCAGAUCUGAACAUAGUUGCCUCCUUUGACCGUCGGGGACAGUAUGUGUAUACAGGCAAUGCGAAGGGGAAGGUUCUGGUUCUGUCAACCAGCGAUCUAGCCCUCAAAGCAUCAUUUAAAGUCACUCAAGGAACAACAAGUGCAACAGCAGUGAAGAGCAUAGAGUUUGCUAGGAGAGGAGACUGUUUCUUGAUCAACACAGCUGACCGAGUGAUCCGAGUUUAUGACAGUAAGGAGGUACUGACUUGUGGCAAGGAAGGUGAACCAGAGCCCAUUCAGAAGCUUCAGGACUUAGUCAACAAAACUAUGUGGAAGAAGUGUUGCUUCUCUGGAGAUGGAGAAUAUAUAUGUGCAGGGUCUGCACGACAACAUGCUCUCUAUGUGUGGGAGAAGAGCAUUGGCAAUUUGGUCAAAAUCCUGCAUGGAACAAAAGGAGAAUUACUUUUAGAUGUAGUAUGGCACCCUGUGAGGCCAAUUAUUGCAUCCAUCUCGAGCGGUGUUGUGUCCGUGUGGGCUCAAAAUCAGGUAGAGAACUGGUCAGCUUUUGCUCCAGACUUCAAGGAACUUGAUGAGAAUGUAGAGUAUGAAGAACGUGAAUCAGAAUUUGAUCUGAGCGAUGAAGAUAAAUCUGUUGAGCUUGGCCCUGAAAAGCAGGAGGAUGACUUAGAGGUUGAUGUCUCAACAAUAGAACCUGUAGCUGCUUUCUGCAGUUCAGAUGAAGAGACAGAAGAUAUAGGAGCACUCCAGUUUCUGCCAAUUGCUCCUGAAGUGGAGGACCCAGAGGAAGGAUGGGGUGCCCCACCAGGAACAGCACCUCCUAUUGACAUGCAACAAGAAGACAAGCAGCAGCGCAACAGUAGCUCCAAGGAAAACAAUUCUCCUGCACCAAAAAGACGGAAAUUUCGAUCUUUUGAGAUUCAACUCCAGGGUGCCCCUACUGAUGAACUUCAUCCACUACUGAACAACAGGGCCAAAGAUAAACAACAAUCUGGAGGGAAAAAAGCUGCUGGCAGGCCACGGACUGACGAAAGAAAACGAACUAAAUGAACUAAACCCAUAUACAUAUAUAUGCUUUAUUAUCCUAGAUGAAUGACGUUGUGGAAGACAAAGUUCUGUCCUGCUGUGGUGUCAUGAAGAAGCCAGUCCAUAAUGUUUAUAAUAUUAGUACAAGGCAGUACAGUGUGUGAUAUGGUGGAAAUUUGAUGGCGUGUUAGCUGUGUAUGAAACUUUCAAUGAAUUUUAGAAAGUAAUGACAAAAUAGCAAGUUAUAUUGACAAGGUCUUUAAAUUUAUUCAUUUAAUAAACUUCUUAAAUGUUUCUAAA